AAUUGUAUAGAGGCGAAAAUAAUCAUCACGAGAUGUCUCGUUUCCUAACCUUUGAACCCAUUCCCAUCAUGCAACGAUAUCUGCGAUGGCGUUAUGUUGCCACGGAAGUCAAUCCGAAAAUUAUCCCAGUAUCACAGGACCUUGGUAGUAUGAGAGACAUUAAGACAUGAUCCACCAUCACAACAAAGCAGAACAUGCGGUAGCUUGGUAUAUGUAGCAUGACGUGAUCGCCGAGUAUCUUCCAGCAAUGGAGGCAGACACCAAACUGCACGAGGCUGUCCACUUUGGGGAUACUAACCUAGUGGAGAGCGCACUGGAAGAUGGCGCCAAUCCCAACUCCAUCGGUCUCUACGGCUGGAGUCCAAUGCACGAGGCUGCUUCCAAUGGAGAUACCGAAGUCCUGGAUCUUCUCAUUCAGUUCAAAGGUGAUCCCAACUGCAGUGAUGAUCUCGAAGGCUGUACACCUGUCCACUAUGCUGCCAGAGAGGGCCACACCGACUGUCUCAGGGCUCUGCUCAAAGCUGGAGGACACCAUGACACAGAAAACAAUGGGGGGAAGUCACCGCUGGAUGAGGCUUCAGAAGAAUGCCGGCCAAUUUUGGAUAAAGAAAGGACAAAGAGCCUUCUGAACAUGACACUUGACGCAGCUCGAAUCACUGUCUCCAAGUCGAAACCAGUUGGAUCAGAAGGUCAAAGGUCAGAGGUCGUGACCUCUAAGGUUGCAGGUAGCACACAGGAUGAUAGUGGGAGGAUCAAAUCACCAAGAGCUUGGGAUUCCAUCAAGGUCUCAGAGACGAAGAAGAAAUCACCUGGAAAAACAUCAAUGACGGGAUCUUUGCAGCUGUCCUUUGAAUACAACUCUAAGACCAAGACGUUCAAGAUUAGAGUGUGGGCUCUACAGGACAUUCUACUACCUCCAGCUGAGUUUUCCAACCUCUCUCGGAUCUACAUCCGAGGUCAUCUCCUACCGGACAAAAAGGGUGAAUCCAAACGCAAGACGGAUGAGAUCAGAAUCGACGAUCCGGCCAAAAUGAUGAACAGUUUGGUGACCCUCAAACGCAAGGGUAGCCGGGACAGCUUCAAAGCCGUGUUCCUUCCUUCGACAUUCAAGUUCAGCAAGGCUCUUGAGUACCAGAACGUCUCCCAGGAAAUGGUAGACUCUAAGACAGUUCACGUGGCUGUCUGUGUCAGGCAGCGAUACAGUACCAAGACCAUCCCGGUGGCAAUCAUCCAAUUGCCGAUGAAGGAAGCGGUUCGGAAACUCCUGAAGGAGAAAUACCAGCUCCAUUCCUGCAUCAACUAUUCCAUGCCAACUAACAUCCAUGCAUACAAUCCUCAUGACAUUGUGGUGAUCUCAGAAGGCAUGUAUAACAACAUGACAACGAGCCAUCCAACCCUGAGGACUAAGUCCAGGCAGAGCCUUGAUGUUGAUGAGAACAAUGCUCGUGCUAGCAGUGACAUCAAUCUUCAAGCAGUUCGUUGCCACUCGGUCGAAAGUGUGCCAUCCGCAACGGUUGAUAUUGACUCUGUGCAGAAGGAGACUGCUUUGGAUGAUCUCCUGGAGGUUUCCAUCAGACGCGAUGAUCCUGGAGACACUAAAGCAAAUAAAAAGGUGACUGUUGUGGACGUUCAUGAGCUACCCAGCAGCCCACCAGCAACACCCUUACCAGGUAACAUAGAGGAUGGGGAGCUGACGGAUGUCAGCGUUGUUUCGUCGUCACGGCAAAGUCCUGAUAGCGCCACCAUCGACAUGGAAGGUCUGGAGACCAUAAAUCUUGACAGGGAACCAAUGCAAGCAUCGUCAACACCGAUGAAGAGUCGGCAUGCUAAAAUCAAACAUGGCUUUGAUAAUCCUCACGUAACAAUCGUGGAUGAUGGGGAAGAUGAAGAUUUUGAAGUGUCCAUUGAUAAAAAGAGCCAUAGAAAAUGGACAAGAGACAAAGAUGCAAUAAUCGAUAUAGGAGUAGGGGAUCAUGGUGAUGAUAAAAAGAAGGGGAUUAAGGGACACCUCUUUAAGAAAAGAGGCAAACACAAGAAGAACUCGAAAGGGGAUGGAAUAGAUAAUCCAGGGUAUGUCGUUGAUAUGAGAACAGGGAAGAGAAGUUUGUUAGGGGAUUUCAGCCACAGUGAUGGUCAGUAUAGGCCGGGAGAACUGGAAAUGCUUGAAAUUUUAUCUGAUGAGGAAGCAGAUUUGAGGUUUUCCAGUAAGAACAGCAAUCAAUAUUCCGGAAGAACUUCAGGACAUGCCAACCAUCUGCAGGAGACGGUAAUAGAUGUUGGGUUGCCAUCAGUUACUGGUAUGCCAGGGAGAAAAUCUAAGGCAUAUGAUGUGAGAGGUGCAAUGAAAAAGGAGGACCUUGAAGUUACCAACACACGGAGGAAGCAUCCCGAGAAUACACCUACUAGGAAAGAUGUUGGAAAGACUGAAGAACUGAUAGGUGACACAGUACCUUCUAGAGAAUUGAACAGUCCUAUACCUGUUAUUCACGUCGAAUGCGUGGAUGAGGUGGAAAGAUCAACGUCUCCCGGAAGUAAAUCACCACGAUCACCACGUUCACCCCGCCAAGCACGGAGAGUCAGUCCCGUUGGCAAUGUUUCUGCUUCCGGACACUUGUCCACCCAGCAAGAGUUUCCUCCACCUGUUACCAAAGGAUUGCCUCACACAGACUUAACCAAUGUGCGAAAUGAACAUGGUGUUGAUUCCAAGCACAAGGGCACCUCGGAAAACAUUCAAAAGCCAAAGCUUCCUUUGGACUUCCAGUUCAUCUCCGAAAUCGAUAAAGUUGUGGAUAAUUCUACACUUGCGAAGACACCAGCUCGAGAAAAGGAAAGAAAAACCAGGAGCAAGUCACCAGGGCAUAGACACAAAAAGAGUCCACAGCAAGAGGAGGGAGAGUUUGAGAUGCUGACGCUCUGGAAAGAUGAGGAGUGGCGUAAAAAACUUGGCACGCCCAAUUUCAAACUUCAGAUGUUCCAGCGCACCAGCGAUGAUCCUCACCCAUCCUCUCCCCUUCUCAAGAAGUAUCACACUGCUGAUCCAUCACGAGGGGUUAUCCACAAUCCUGCUUAUGUCCCUGAAACCCCUCCAAACCAGACAGACAUGGACACACCAACUCGAGAAAUGAAUGGAGCCAAGGUGAAGCGUAAACUGCAUAACAGUGUUGCAGAAUCUACACGGAACUCAGAACUCUGAGGGUGAUUUGAUAUUAGGAAUAGUAUGCACUCCAAGUAUAACAAGAUAGCCAAAGUUGGCUAAGAGAAACUUUAUCUCAGGUAUUUUGGUACUAGUUUCAUUGUAGUACUUAUGUGUGUGCGUUAGUUUUUUAGAAUCUUUUAUCAUCAUUCUAGGACAUCAUUUUAGAACUCUGUUUAUGUUUUCCCCUAAUAUUUUAUCUAUUCCUGACUUUAUUAUAAUCUCAUGCUGGAGUUUAAACAAUCUUUUUUAUACGCAAGUAGAGUAGUCCCGUAAGAACACUAUUUGUUAUCAGGUUCCUCAAAAUAAUUCUGUUAAGAAUCAUUUUGAAAUCAAAUAUUCUUAUAUUUAAUGAUGUAUAAACAAAGACAUUUAAUGUUCCUAAUCCACUUCACGAAGAGCAUGAUGUCCAAUGAAAUGAUACCUUGAUCUAAGAAAGGAGGUCUUAGUCCAACCUUGGUAUUAAAGAAAAUGAUUUGUGUGCAACUGCAAGUAGAAAAAUGAAAGCAGAAUAGUGGAAGUUUCUCAACACUCAACAAUGAAUAGUAAAAAUAGUAAAAUUAUUAUUGUUUGAGAAUGUAAUCACUGAGACAAUUUAAAUACCAAGUUGGCAUUUAUUGAGUAGAUUGUGACAAGCAGAAGGGAUAACUCUCCUCGUUAUGUUUUUUAAUCAUCAGGAUUGUGUUUCUUUGCUGAGCACCUUUUCCUUUUGGGGCAAAGCCGCAGUAAUCAAAUUAUAACAUAUGUAAAUUGAAGGAAAAAAUAUAACAUAUUUUCAUGUUUUAACAAUACAAUAAUGUUUUGAGUAAAACUAUCGAAGAGGACAUUUUAAAUAACUUCUGACCAAUGCACAACUGGACACAGAAGCUAUGUGGUAUACCAUCAUGUUUGGUCCUGAAAAUGACCACCCAGACUUGAUGUUCGGAAGAUAUUUUUUGGGGGAGUCAUUUUAUAUAUUGGAACAUGUGGAGAAAGUUUUCCUACCCCACAUACCUAAACCAUUAAGUUUGCAACCAACUUGAACUUUUAUUAAAAAAUAUGGUGAUUACAACGUUGUUGAAUCUUCCACCUAUCUUAUGCUUAAUUUUCUCUCAAUACAACUUGCUGUUGGGGUGGGGUUCCCCAUUUAAAUUUUGCAGUCCAUACAAGCUCUCUGUGUAAUGAAGAAAAGGAGACAAAAGGUGGAUUAGAAUACAUUCUAUGAAGGUAUUAUCCAAUUGUUCUUAAAUUUGGUACGCCUAUUGGACACAUCCUGUUCUUUCAUGAUAUCAUCCAAGAACUAAUAUGUGUUUUGAAUUUAUGGAGGAUUAAAGUGAGCAAGAGUUCAAAUUUGGGCAAUUCCUUAACAUAUGCACGUCCAACCCCCUAUAUGUGGGACCUUCACGUCAUUUUCUGUCUUUGAUUUCUUGUUCUUUUGACAGUCUGUAUAUGUUCUUAAAGGACCGUGACUUGGUCAUUGUAUGAAGUGAGGUAAGACUUGGGAAAAAUGGGGGUCAGACAUACUAAAAGGUUGAUCAUUUUAUGGAAUUGCCCAUUUAUAAAAUGUCAACAAAGAUUGAGAUAGAAUCACACUUAGAAAGAUAUGUACUCCCUUUCAGAAAAUAUACAUUUGUACAUCUAUAUAAACUUUGAAUAUGAGCUCUGACAGAAAAUCCCACUGGAUUUUUUUAUUGUUUUGGUUUGUAACUGUUGCAUUCUAGAUUGAUUCUUUGUUAGUUUAGGCUUUGAAUUGCUGGAGAUACCAUCAUAAGAGGUCUGGGGGCUAAUGACAUGUUGACUUGACCUUGUUUUUAGGUAUUCAUGUCAACAAACUCUGAAGGAGAAGAAAGAGUGAUUGUUGAUCAAUUGGGUGUCCAAUUAAAAAGUAUGUUUCUCCAGUAUGUUCUAAGAUUUUAAUUUCUUUAUAAAUUCAUAUAUUUUAAAAAUUGUAGUCAAACUACGGUUACUU